CUUGGACCCGAUGUAAACAGUACCUUUCCAACUGCGAGCGGAGGAGGACGUGUGACACCUUCACCUCUCAAAAAGGAACAUCAAACCGUACAUCUAUUCUGUCCAUGGAAAGGAAAUGUGUACUAGUAUCCAACCAAUGUACUGUUGGGGGUCAACAGUGAAUGGAGAGCUGGGGGUUGGCGCCCCAGAGGUAGAACAACUGACACUUCCGACUGUCAUGGACUUCGCAGAGUCUUGGAAUGUCAGACAAGUGGCCUCCGGACUGACACACUGCCUAAUUCUGACGGAAGAGGGGUCAGUGUAUUCCUGCGGCAACAAUGAACUAGGGCAGCUUGGACACAACAAGAUCACCCGAAAGCCAGAGCUCGUUGACAACCUAGAAAACUACAGCAUAGUGCAAGUCGCUGCCGGUGACCAGCACUCGAUCGCCCUCACAUCAUGGGGCUUGAUUUAUGCUUGGGGUGAGAAUGGCUUCGGCCAGCUGGGAUUGAAUUCCACUGAGCCACACACUUCCGUCCCAAAGCUGGUGAAGAGCCUGGCGCGCAAACAGGUGAUCCAGGUGGCCUGCGGAUCCAGUCACACACUGGCUCUCACUUCAGGUGGGGAGCUCUAUGCCUGGGGCUCCAAUUUAUCAGGUCAGCUGGGACUCGGCCACAGGGAAGGACCCCAGAAGGACCCCAUCCUAAUCAAGGCCCUGCUAGGAGUCCCCCUGGUUCACAUCACGGCCGGUGGGCAGCACUCGGCCGCGCUCACCCAGGCCGGCUUCCUCCUCACCUGGGGCUCCAACAAGUACGGUCAGCUGGGAUUCUCUGCCAACAAGGAUGACUUGUACUGUAAUGUACCAACACCUGUACCCAAUCUAGCCACGUACUCAGAACCUUUACGUUAUGUAUCGGUGGGAGAGGGACACACUGCAGUGCUUGAUGCACACGGCAAACUAUUUACCUUUGGCUAUGGACGAUACGGGCAGCUGGGCCAUGGCAACUGCGAUGACCUCUCUGUGCCCCGAACGGUCCUCGACUUGUGUGGUUCAAAAGUGAGCCAAGUGGCCUGCGGGAGGUGUCACACCCUAGUUUAUAUCCCGUCUCAGGGUCAGCUCUAUGCAUUUGGCCAAGGAAUGUCUGGCCAACUUGGUAUAAAGACACCACAGAAUCGCAACCUACCGCAAGUGGUGGUGGGACCCUGGCUGUCCCCUCGAGGAGUGAGCCUCCUGGACACGAGCGAGGAGGAGGAAAGUCCCAGAAUCUACGUGAAGAGAAUAUACUCAGGAGGAGAUGCAAGCAUGGUAACUGUAACCCGAGAAGCAGGGUCAGCCGACGAUUUCUGCAAGAUGCCCCUCUUUCAAGUGCCACUUCAGAUCGAGGAGAAUAAUAUCAACAAGAUGGUCUCAACUGGCGAGGAGGACAUGGUCGAUGAUGAUCUGUUUUCGUACAUGGAAACUGCACUGGGGUCUGUGGCCUGUUGGAACAUCUCAUUCUUAAAGGAAGGCUCUGCAAAACACAGCCAUGGGCUUGACUUCAGAAAGGCAGAGGACUGUUUAGCAAAGUUGGGACGUGUGACCAGAGAGUCGUUUAUAGAAAUUAUCCAGACAAGCUUAGAGAGUGUCGUCAAGGAGCUGCCGCUAAAACCCAUCACCCUGGAUGGGCUGCGGUGUUUCAUGCUUCUCCCCCUGCUGCAGAACUUCAAUGAUGCGCGGCACAUGAGGAGUGUGCACCUACCCUAUGCCGAGGCAGUUCUUGGGUUGGAUAAGGCCAAGGCAGUGGUCUUCAAGAAAUGGCUCAAAGACCUGCCGAACGACUUCAUGAGCCGCCUCUUGAGCAUCUACAAAGGGGUUGUAGUGCAGAUUCUCAAAGAUGCCAAUGCCAACUCCUCGGAGAUUGAGAGGCGUGUCCUGCAGGCUUCCUUGCGGUUCCUGGCCCUCUUGCAUGAGGAGAACCACAAGGACUUGGCCAAAUCCACGCGGCUGCCGUACGAGGAGUUCUACAUCCCCGAGAUCGCCGAGAAGAUAGACAUCCGCAACGACUACCUGAACUGGAUUCGCUCCAAAACCUUGGCCAAUGUAAAAAUAGAUGGGCCAAUCUCAUUCUGUGAAUAUCCCUUCUUGUUCGAUGCCCAAGCGAAGACUCUGUUGUUGCGCUGUGAUGCCACCAGACAGAUGCAAGGUGCCAUCCAAGAGGCGGUCUACAACAGCAAUCCGAUGAUCUGGCUGAUAAACCCCUCUGAGGUGCAGUUCCUCAACAUCCACAUCCACCGCGACAACAUUGUCCAGGACACAAUCACGCAACUUAUGGACCACAGAGUCACUGACUACAAAAGGCCUCUGAAGGUGCGGUUCAUCGGUGAAGAAGCAGAGGAUGCAGGUGGUGUACGCAAGGAAUUCUUCCUCCUGCUUUUGCGAGAAAUACUGAAACCAGAUUAUGGCAUGUUCACGCACCACAGUGAGACCAAUUUAAUCUGGUUUAAGGAGGGGUCGCUUGAACCAGCAGCGACGUACGCUCUCAUUGGUAUUGUGUGUGGACUUGCAAUCUACAAUUUCACCAUUAUAAACCUUCCAUUUCCACUCGCACUAUAUAAGAAGUUGCUUGGGGAGUCUGUGGGCCUGGAUAACCUCGCGGACUUGGAGCCGAGUCUGACAAGGAGCCUCCAUGAAUUACUGGAGUAUGAGGGCAGUGAUGUAGAAGAUGUGUAUGGGCUGAACUUCACAGUGACUCAAGACUUCUUUGGGGAGACCAAGAGCAUCCCACUCAAGCCCGACGGGGAGAAUAUUCCAGUCACAUCGCAAAACAAGCAAGAAUAUGUGGACCUCCUGGUGGACUAUAAGCUCAACAAGAGUAUAGAGAGCCAGUACAAGGCCUUCCAUGAUGGGUUCUAUCGGGUGUGCGGUGGAAUUGUGCUCAAGCUCUUCCAGCCCAUGGAACUCAUGGCCCUUGUCACUGGCAACGAGAACUAUGACUGGACAGAGCUGGAGAGGAGUGCCGAGUAUAAGGGAGAAUAUUAUCCUGACCAUCAUGUCAUCAAGAUGUUCUGGGAGGUGUUUCAUGAAUUGACAGUGGACCAGAAGAAGCAGUUCCUCAUUUUCCUGACGGGUACUGACCGCAUACCCAUCCUGGGCAUGAAGUCGCUGAAGGUAAUCAUCCAGUCGACAGCUGAUGACUCGUACCUCCCUGUCGCCCACACGUGUAUUGCCCAGCUUGACUUGCCCGUUUAUAACACCAAGGAGAAACUGCGGUACAAGUUGCUACAGGCCAUCCAGCAGAGUGAAGGCUUUGGUUUGGUGUAAGCGUGGGGAAAAGUUGAUAAAUAUGUAGAUAUUGUUUUGAAAGAAAUAUGUAAAGUUGAAUUCACAGAUAAAAGCCAUAGUGAAUGGUGUGAUCAGUGGAAUCAGUCACUGAAUUUGUAGAAAAUGCUUUUGCUCUUCAAGUUCCGUGAGUUGUGAAAUAGCAUAGCAUUUGGUUGUCUUUAAGCAUAUGCCAGGAAAUAGAAAAAAACUGAAGUAAUGAGAUGUGGUAGUUCCUCAGUGUGGAUUCUUGUGAUAUUGACUGUGAAUGUGAACAAUUGACAUCUUUUUCUGGAUGCGUAAUGAAGUGCCAGCUAUGUGCCUCAUAAUAUCCUUGGAUUUAACUAUGCGGGACAGAGGGAACAGAGGGAGGGGGAGAAAGGGUAAAAGUCAGACUUAA